UGGCUCCUAUGCUUUCCGUGCGUGGUGCUAGGGCACUAGGGCACUGCAGUCGCAAUGGCAAGAUCCAAGCAUGCCGUCCUAGCAGUAGUGGUUGCGCUGGGCAUUUGGAUGUCCAAGCUCUCAUGCGAUUUUGUGGCUCCUCCUCGCAUGCGCACAUGCAUGAGAGCUGAAACUGGCCACAGAGCAGAGGCCUCAACCUCCAGCAAACCGGAGGCUGUUUUUGGGACCGUCGCAGCAGCUGUGGCCUUGACCGGCCUUGCGACUCGCGCACGGCCGGGAAAGGGGCACCGAAUAGUCCUACUUCGAGCAGAAGGGGAGACAGAGGCAAAAGCAGAAAGCCCAGAUUCAAAGGCUGAGGACACCACAGGAGACGAAGAAGAGGAAAUGGCAGAUGAGGAAGAUGAGGGUGAUGAGGAAGAUGAGGAUGAGGAGGGUGAAGCGAACAAGCCUUCCAAAUGGAAAUGUCUUGAAUGCGACCAUGUGAAUUUUGCGGCUGCCACAGAGUGCGAUAAAUGCGGCGCCCUGAAACCCUCCCCUGAAGAAGCAAAGGUCGUAGAGGAGAGGGAUCAGGCGAAGGCCGAAGUUGCAAAGGUGAUGGAUGGAUUCUUGCGAAUGCAGGCAGACUUGCAGAAUUACCGCAGACAACAUGAUGAGGCAAGGCCGACAUAA